AUGUCCAAGGCUUCCUAUCUGGACACUGACUUGGGAAUGGUUGUGGAUGCCCAGGCCUACAUGGUGGCAAACACAAGCUGCAGAGGCCCAUCAGUGUUGCGCACCCUCAAGCUGGACAUUACUGCGCCAGGCGUGGACAUUUUGGCGCAGGGCUAUGGACCCACGCUUGCCCUUGCAAGCAUCGAGUUCAGUGUCCAAAGCGCACUGAUGAAGCAGAUCUGGCCCGGAUGGACUCUGAAGCAGGUCAAGGCCGCCUUCAUGGGAUCAGCCAAGUGGAAGGGCGUGAUCUCCAACUCUAUGGGCAUAGGUCUCAACCUUGCAGGCGCUAUCAAUCCUGGCGCGCUCCUGGAUCCACCUUCCCUGUCAUUCAGCUACCUGACCAAGGGUCAACAGACGCGUGAGGUGCUGCGUGAGCACACAGUCAUGACUGGCGGAAGAGUGUUCUUGAGUGGCGCCCUGGCUCCCGUGCUGGCGAGGCCUGUAAUCAACAGUAACAGCGACACCUCUCUCAUCAAGUGCGUGGCCUGA